GGGAACUUGACUAACAUGGUGUGUGCAGAAAUCAAGAGCGAGGAGCGGGAGCAGGUAACGAGAAAUGGCUAGGCGUAUGACGCUUUGGGAAAUUCGGCCGCGAGGCUUGCCGCCACGUUUCUUGGAUAGAAGGGUGGAGGUUAGCCUGCCCUCUAGGGGCGGGGUGUAUAAUCCGGUGAUGGACAGGGUUGGGGUAGAACUAGUAGAGGACACGGUGUACCUGGUGGUGGAACUAGAAUGGCGCGCAAGGGGUGAGUUUGGGGGCACCAACCUGGAGUUGCCAGGACGGGUGCACGCGACAGGGUCCCUAUACUUGUCGGAUGCGGGAUGGCGGACCUUCGGGAUGGCCCUGGCGAAUGGCAGUGACCCCGUACGGAUGUUUGACGGGGCGUGGCAGGUGACCUGGAGGGAAGGGUUUGCGUUCGCCAACCCGGACCGGGAUGACGUGACGGCGACCGUCCGGGUGGUCGAGGUAGGAGCUAGUAUCUUGCCUUAUGAAAAUGUGCGCAUGGUCUUGCCACCCUUUUUGCUUGAGCGAAUGGGAGGGGUAGAACGUGCUGAGAUGGCAGUGAUAGCCCUGGAGAUGAUCGGGAUGCAUCUGCACGACGACGCCUACAUGGUAGACAUAGAGGACCCAGUGACAGGACGAGGCGAGUUGCUUCGCCUUAUGGGAACCGGGGGAGACACGCCAAAAGGGAAGCUCGCAACCUGGUCACCCUCCUUUGAGGAGAGCGCUAGAAAGGGGGCUUUCGCACGCAUGRAAGGGAUGAGAGAGAGGGUGGAAAUUAUGAUCGAAGAGGCCUUUAGUAAGAAAGAAUGGGUCAAGAUGGGACUCCCGAUGAAGAAAUGUAGGUCAGACGAAGACGCCCUAGGAGUCAUGGUAGUAGAGAAGGAAACAGAGGUGGAAUUGGGAGCCAGUUUGCCCAAGCACGGGGAGAUCCGGGAUAAGAAGGAUAAGGUCACACUAGAAAUCCCGGACUUACUGCAGCUUGUCAAAGCAAUCAGGUACCACAAAGUGGUCGUUGACCCGGCCGCCCUCGCCCGCUUUGAGGAGAGGGUCCAAAAAGGCUAUUGCCUAAAUGGGGAGUUGGUAUAGAAGUCAGGCGGACCAAGAUGACACCCAACAACGAGAACGAUAUUAAUCAAGCAAACAUCAAUGU